GCUCUUCAGUUUCUCUGAGGUCAUUAGGCCUGCUAACAUGUCUGGACACAAGUGGCACCAAGGCAUGGUGCACUUCGAAGAGUGAUACAGGUCUAUUUUUAUGGCUCGAGGAGUGGAUUAAGUGUGUUUUGAUGGAGAUGAGCUGAGUUGUGGGGAGUUAUGGAGCUCAGGAAUGGCAUCAGUGUGGUGAGCUCGGUGUACAGCGUGGAUACAACAACUGGAAACCUCCCAAGUCAGGUAAAACCUGACGAUGACGCAUUACCAUCUUCCACACAUAAGAUACACCCAAAACAGAUGAUCACUUUGAUCCUCCUGAUCAUCAUCAUCCUGAUCCUGGCUGGAGGUUCAGCACUUCUCUGGUACUUUCUAGAGUAUAGAGUCUGGGUGUUGGAGGUGAGGGUGCAGCAGCAGUACACGGCCCAGAUCUCCAUUCUGAACAGGAACUAUUCCAGUGCUCUCUCCUCUCACAGCAGUCGGGUCUUCAGGGAGGAGGCGCGCGGAGUUCAGGCCAUGGUGGAGAAACUUGUGAAGUCCACUGAUCUGUCUCGCUAUUUCAACUCCACCACAGUCUUCGCCUUUGGAGAGGGUAGCGUAGUGGCGUAUUUCUGGCUGUUGUUGUCCCUGCCUGAGAGCCAUGCUGAGAAGGUGACGAUGCAGAAGGUGAAUGAGAGCCUGUGGAAAAGGCUGCAGAGCUUCAGAGAGAGAGGGGUCCAGGAUACAGCAAACUAUGAAAGCUAUCUGCUACACCUGCCCUCAUUCUGCAUAACAGAAACCAAACCCAAAGUUAUAGAUGUUUUGCGAGCUUCAUUUGAUUGUUACCGGUACCAGUCAGUGGUCUCUAGCACCCCUGUGGUUUUGCGAGGGCCAAACACGCAACGCUCAUCCUGCCUGUGGCACCUGAAGGCCUCUGAGGGCUCCCAGCUGGAGCUGAGAGUGGAGUGGCUGCUGCCAGAGUGCAGAGACCGUCUUGCAAUUUAUGAUUCGCUCGCCCCCGACGACUCCACACUCAUCACCUCUCUGUAUGGCUGCAGCAGGCAGGAGCAGGUGGUGCAGGUGUUGUCCUCUGCUGACUGGAUGACCGUGGUGUGGAAGCAGGGCCAAUACAACUACAAAGACCCCUUCUCUCUCUCUGCUCAGGCCUGGCCCAACAGGAAUUGUUCCUACAACAUUGAUUUGAAGCCAAAAGAGGGAGUUCAAGGGACUUUACACACCCCGUUUUACCCCAGCUACUACCCCCCAGACACGAACUGUACCUGGCACUUCACAGUGCCGUCGGUGGAAUAUGGGCUGACCCUGGAGUUUGAGGGUUAUGAGCUGAGUCGAGCUAGCUACACCAAAGCCUGCACACAAGGCCAGUGGCUCAUCCAGAACCGCAGAAUGUGCGGUACGCGUGGUUUGCAGCCCUACGCUGAGCGGCUCUACCUCCACUCCUCCACCACCACCGUGUCAAUGAAAUCAGAGGUGUCCCUCACAGGGCCCGGCCUGCAGGUCCAAUACAGCAUCUUCAACCAAUCAGAUCCGUGUCCUGGGCAGUUCCUGUGCAGCGUGAAUGGCCUGUGUGUGUCGGCGUGUGAUGGUAUCUCAGACUGCCCCAGCGGUCUAGAUGAGAGAAACUGUGUGUGUAUUGCUCAGUAUCGGUGCCCAGAGGACAGUCAGUGUGUGGAUUACUACAAAGUGUGUGAUCAGCAUCCGGACUGCAGUGACGGUGGUGAUGAAAAAAACUGCACUCGAGGAGUUCCAUGUACCGAUAUGACCUAUAUGUGUGCUGAUGGAACGUGUCUGAAGAAGCCGAACCCUGCGUGUGAUUUCAUCACCGACUGCCCCGAUGCCUCUGAUGAGAAACACUGCGACUGCGGCCUGCGGCAGUUCAGCACCAGAGUGGUGGGUGGAGUCGAUGCGGUGGAAGGGGAGUGGCCAUGGCAGGCCAGCCUGCAGGUCAGCGGGCGACACAUUUGCGGGGGAGCGCUGAUCUCCACCCAGUGGGUGGUGUCUGCAGCACACUGUUUCUAUGACGACCGCCUGUACUCCCCCUCUGUCUGGACGGUGUACCUGGGGAAACUACGUCUUCGGGGCACCAGUCAGACAGAGGAGGCCCUGCGCGUGUCCCACAUCCACCUGCACCAGUACUAUGACGACGAGACCCAUGACUAUGACCUAGCUCUGCUCAGGCUGGACAGACCUGUGUCCUCAGGGACUCUCGCGCAGCCCGCCUGCCUGCCCUCACAUACGCACCAGCUAGAGCCAGGACUGCUAUGCUGGGUCACAGGCUGGGGGGCCCUCAGAGAAGGAGGCAGCACGAGUGACGUCCUGCAGAAGGUGGACGUACGGUUGGUCAGCGAGGAUGCUUGUAUCCGUUCCUAUGGAUACAUUAUCACUCCCAGAAUGCUGUGUGCUGGCUAUCGCAGUGGAGGGAAAGAUGCCUGUCAGGGAGACUCUGGAGGCCCUUUGGUGUGUCAGGAGCCGUCUGGACGCUGGUUUCUGGCCGGUGUGGUCAGCUGGGGUCGCGGCUGUGGCCGGCCGGAUUAUUACGGAGUUUACACUCGCAUCACCAGACUCAGUGGCUGGAUAAAACAGCUCAUCUCCACCUGAAGAACAGGCUUGACUGACACAACAGGAGUGAUUACAAACAAAGAGAUACCACUGCACUCAUUGAUGAAAGUUUCCAAUGGACUUCUAUGGCUGAUGAACUUUUGAGAAGCGAUUGCAGCCUAUUUUUAGCAUAAGCUCACAUCCUAACUGUUUCAUUAAGGAGAACCAGUUUUUCAGAAUUUCCACUUAAUUCGAUGGCUGAGAUGUAAAUAGUCAUUCAGAGUGGUUUGAUGUGAAAUGGUUCACUGUAGAUAAACUUACCGAUUUCUUUAUAAUGGUGGUGAUAGGGACCAGGGCCUUGUAAGGGCCUGAAAACACUUCAGACGCCUGGUUCCUAUCAGCACCAUUAUGAACAAUUCUGACUCACUAAAUUUCUCUGUAAUGAAGCAAUUCAUAUCACACAACACUGAGCGAUUUGCUUAUAUCUUAACUAUUUAAUUAUGCAGAAAUUUAAAAAGAAUGGUUGAAAUUCCCCUUUAAUACUAGAUUUGGCAUAAGAAGGUGUAAAUAUCCAAAAGUGGGGAAGAUAAAAAUCAGUAUUAGACAGACUAUCAGUGUUAAUAUUAUGUUUUCAUACUGACACCAUUCUCUUCCAGCGGCUAACCUUCUCAAAUCAAACAGCCGUUUGACAUGUGGUCAGACUCCUUACACUGGACUGUAGAUAUGCUCUAAUAUUCUACUGUAGAGACAGAUACAUGGCAAAUGUUGUCUUUUAUAAUAUUGUAGUGUUUAAAGAAACUACAAUCCAUGUAAAAUGGUUUUAUAUUGUUAAAAAAUAAAUAUGUUUUAAAAUUGUUCAGGCUGCCUAUUUCUAGGAAUAUUCUUCUUAAUUGGAAAGAAAGAAAGAAACAAGAGAACUCAGUCACAGCGUUGACUUGAGAGGAAAUGAUAGAAUUUCCUCUUUGUUCAUUUUUUGUUGAAGCUUUCUAGGUGCAGGUUUAAAAGAGGUAAAGGAGUGUAUGUGUGUGUUUAACUGCUGAGAGGGGAUCAAUGGAACACCAGCCUGACUGUCACCAGUGGACAAACAGACUGAGGCAGUCUGUUCAACUUGCAAAAAAAAAGAAAGGAAAAAAAGAAAACUCAGUAGCGUCCAGCCCCACAGAAGAAUCCCCAGCUUGGGCGAAUGUUGACCAACUAAUUAGCAAGCUGACCGUUGGUGAGGUAGCUCACAUUAACAUUACAUACGUAAAAAAGCCAUGUUGGCUGGUGUGCAUUGGUAGAAAUGCAGGAAAUGAAUAAAACCUCUUGUUUUGCCUGUCAUUUUCAAUACAGCUUUAAAUAACACAGGGCUGUCCAAAGUCUGGCCCCAGAGCCAAAUGUGGCCCAGGGACCGUUUUUAAUUAGCCUGUGGCUUUUGUGUUAGAGUGUGUUAUAAGUGGCCCGCCAGACAAUAUACUGCAGUUUUUCCUUGUACCUGAUGGUGACAGCAGUAUCAUUAAAUUGCAUUCCAUGCAAUAUUAUAAAUACAGCAGAUUAUACAGCUGUAAACAAUCUGGCACAGUGUCAGCAACAACAUUAUCAACAAAAUCAUGUUAUAUCAAGUCUAGUCAUUAUUUUUUCCCUUUCAGUAGUUUGUAAUAUUUAUCGUUUAUAUUCUAAAAUAAAAGUCUUAGUGCAUGUAAAAUCUGUUUGAGGAGAAUAAAAAAUAGUUAGAUGUUAUGCAGGACAGUAACGUAGGUAGUCAAAGGGUGGAACAGCAGUGGAAUUCAGUCAACAAACCAGCAGACCGAUAUAUGCUCGCUAUCUGAGAUCCGUCUUGGAAUUUUGACAUAAUGAAAAAAAUAGCAGAUUAUUUAAAAUGGAGUUACGAGGUUUUCCCCCCCGACAGUGACAAUAUGUUGUGUUUUAGAUGCUGGCAUGGUGAUCAGCAGCAGUGGAUGAUGUCAUGCCAGCAAAACCAUCAUAUGUUGUGUUCUGGAUGCUGGUAUGUUGGUCAAUCAGCAGGACCAUGCUGGGUGACCAGCUAAACCAGCAGCAGAGCAGCAUGAGAUCAGGCUGGAGUUUGGUCUGCAGGGCUGCAGAUUUUACACAGAAAACUAGUCACUGCUUACUUCCACUACGAUGCAACAGAUGAAAGGGCUCUUACUGUCUUUUCAGACAUCCUAGGAACUGUGACUAAUCAGAAGAAGGCUAACGUGAAAAAAAAAAAAGGGCGGGUAAAACUGAACCUGAGAGUAAAUGUGGGACAUUUACAUCAAAACUUUGAUCAUCUGUAAUUGGACCCUGAUUUAAUGGACAAUGAGGAUAAAUACAAGGUGGCCAGAGCACUUAUAAAGCACUUGUAAAGCACUUGUAAAUGCAGUAAUGAAACUAUGAAAUAAAAAACCUCUUAAAAGAA